CUUCAGGUACAGACCCUAUAAGAUCUGACGCCCGGAAGGUGCGCACGCACUCACAUCACCCGGGACUCGAGCACAUCGAGUCCAUGUGCAGGUUCCCCCGCAUCGACGCAGCAUGAAUUCGGCCUUUCCCAAUUCUGGGCUCAAAUUUCUGAAUCAUGCGAUCAACUGUCUCAAUCGCUUCGGCGAUGUGCUCUCCCUGCACGCCAACCCUGGAGAGACAAGCACGAAUACGGCACCUUUUGUCCGCUUCACCGUAAUCAACUCCUCCGGAUCCGCCCUGUGUCAGGUGUUUCUAGAGGAGCGCUUCUUCGGCCGCUUCUUCAUAGAACCAGACGAGGACGCAAAGGCGAAAGUGAUUGACGCGCAGAUGGCCGCGAGGACAUUCCAAUCUUGUUUCAGGAGUAAAGCUAGUAGCAAGCAGCUGAUUGAAUGCGAGCUGAACAUUAAAGAAGAUGAUCGCGAGAACCGCAUCGAGAUUAGCCUGAAUUAUGACACCAAUUUGAAUAUUCGACAUUCACUAACAUAUGAAGCAAGGCGUGGGCUGGUACCUAUGGGAACUGUGGGACCCCACCUGAUCCGGCUUUCACCUCAGACGUCAAAGGCAUGGCUCGAUCAAUUUCUAAGUGCUUCGACUUCAACGCGAUUCGGCGAGGUGACCUUGUGGUGCUACGAUGAUGUCUGCUUGCUCAAAGCUAAACAUGAGGACCUUCCCACCCUCAAGGAGGAAUGCAAGAGGGGCAUUCAGACAAGUCUCAAGGUAGCCAUAGACGAUCUUGACAUUUUUGACGUCGAGAGAGAAGAGCUGCUGACCUUUGCAUUGAAGGAAUUUAGGGCUGCGCUAGCACUUGCCGAAACGCUCAGCGUCCCGGUCGACCUGCGCUUCAGCGAGGGAGGGGAGCCGCUCUUUGUCGAACUGCGAACAUCCGAAGGGGCGCGCGUUGUGACCGUCCUCGCCACCUCUACCAACGAUGUGACCGAGUCAGCCGACCAAAGCACUGCGCAAGCGCGAGCAGGAGAGGAGGUACGCCAGAAUCCCAACACCACACGAGCUCGCGCAGCCGCUGCCCCCGCCGACAACAACGCCGCGACGAACGCGAAUUGCGGCGAUGGCCAAGUGCUCAGUCGUGGAAGAAGCCAGUUCACAGUGCCGAGUAGGGCAGCAACAAGCCAGUGGAUGCCCGCGAACGACAAUGGUGCUGCGCGAGCUCAUGCGUCUUCAGUGAGGGGCUCGAAGCUCGACAGCGGCUCGCUGCGCACGGUGCUUGAAAGCCAGGCCUCGCAGCAUCUUAGUCUCUCGAGUUCACGAGGAGUGGGGAAUAUUCAACAGGGCACGCCGAUGGAGUCUACGCAGAUGCAGAAUGACAAUGCCCGCCGGAUGAGUGAAGAGCACGACGCACCGCCGCUCUUCCGCGGUGGCUCGCAAGCUACCACAGCGCCCAUGGCGACAGAGGGCAUACCCUUCGAUGAUGAAGCGGAUGCGAAUGACUUGGAGGCGGACAAAGCGGGUCUUGACGCACUCGAGGCUUAUGAGAGAGCUACGCAAACGCAGCAGCCGCAGAAAGAGCCUGGUUCGCAGCUCCUGUCACAGCUGUACCUUCACUCUGUGGCUGGAAGAAAGGCAGUAGCAGGCGUUGCAGAAAGGGCGCAACGUGAGGAAGGCGAGGAGGAGGGUGGAGAGGAGCGCCGACGCAGAAUGGAAGAGGAGCAGCGGGAGCUGGCAGCGAUCGCACAGACGCUUGCGGAAGGCUCGAUGGCCGCAGCUGCUUCGGCUUCCAGCCUGCGACUGCGACCUCGACCAAAAGCAACGCCAGCAGCCAGUAGCGCACAUGCAGGCGGGAAUAUGAGCCCGAGCGCAAAUGCGGUAGUACUACAUGAACAAGCGGGCUCUCCGGGGAAGGCGCCUAACGCCAAGGAUGUGACACAUGCGGAUCUGGAUGAAUUCGAGCCGCUGCCGAUUGACGCAAGCAACGAGCUACUCGGCGUGCAGCUCGACAUGGAAGGUGCUACGCCUCCUCGGUCUUCCGCAGCAAUGAUGGACCAAGCCAUCGUGACGAUCGGUGCGCCGAAGAGUGAAGCAUCAUCGCACGCUGAGGAAGCGGGUGGCGAUGAAAGCCUGGGGGAUGAGCCGCUGGACGAGACAUUGCCGGAGGACUCCGCACGGCCUACACGAUCGCUGCCGCUGCUGCAGGGGAGCACGCUUCUGGCUGACAGCGAAAUGGAAAGUGACGACGAGGAUGAGGAGGAUGACGAAGCGAUGCAAGCGACGCAGAUAGAAAAGUACGAAGCCUUAUUCUGAUCGGAAUGCAGAUAUUCGCGGGGGAAAGCGCUUGUAACAUACAGAUGGGAUCCGCUUGCAUCGUUCUGCUUGAUACAUGUGUAGGAAACGAGAGCGAGGCUACGCAGCCAAUCCGAGCGCCAGCGCCAGUGUUUCGGCCACGGAAGACCCUGUGCGCGUGCUGCUCAACCUUGAGCGCGGGGCGCGAAGCCCGCCAUGGGACACACUGUGGGAGAUGUGCAGAG